AUGGAAAGAGGUAUUGACAAUUUGAAGUCGUCGCUGACGGUGGCCAACCCGGAAGAUGACGACGUCUCCAGGGAGGUCUACUUGGGUGUCGUGAAGAGCUACAAUGACCGCCGUGGCUUCGGAUUCCUUGCUUGUACGGAGACGGCUGAUCGCUUCGGCCGUGAUGUGUACAUGCCCAAGGCGGAGGCCACGAUGGCUGCUCUACUCGCAGCCGGUGUCGAUCGGGAAGCGGGAAUCAGCAUGGUGAUGAACGGGAACUGCGGUGCAGCUGCGACAGCGGCCGCUGUUGCGGCAGCACCACGGGGUCCGGAUGCUGCAAAAGCCGCCGCAGCAGCGGCACAGCAGGUGGAGAAGGUCCAGGAGGGCGAGAAGUCCACGGCGCCACGGUUGGCCGAGGAAGAUAUCGUCUUCUUCCGUGUUCGGCUGAGUGUGGAGGGCUAUCCGCAGGCCGUCUGCGUCCAGCGACUGCGGAAGGUGACUGGUAGCGUGCUGCUGGCGCCCUCACACACAAAAGGAUCCAUCGUCAGCGAAGAGGCUGUGGCGGUUUGCGGGCGCAAAGAGGUGGUCUUUGACACCGAAGCCUGCGGUCAGCUGCGGCUGAUUCCUGGUGAUGUCGUGACUUUCUGCAUCCCAGAGGCCGAGGAGAAGCUGGGCGCCGUCGCCAAACCCGCCCCAUCGCCGGCCCCGGGAGCGAAGAUGAUCUCGCUUUGCACCACGAGCCGUGCGGGCGGCACCGUGCUGGGUUGCUUUACCCUAGACUUGCCCAGAACUCAUCCAGAGAAUGUGCUGCAUGCUCCGAUGCGAGCAAACCUGAAACUGCCCUGCCACGCUUUCGGGGACAAGCUCGUUCUCGCUCGCCUGACUGAUGACUUAGACGAGGCUGAGCUUAUGCGGUUCUUUUCCAAGCAGGGUGCCACCGGAGCAAUCGUGGCGCAUGCUCGUGCUUGUAGUUUCGCUUCGGUCUCCUUCGCCAGCAUCGCAGACGUGGCCCGUUUCUUGGGCCGCAUUGCCCAUGCCUUUGCGGAUGACAGGGGAACGCUGGUUGCCAGGCUGCUUCCCUUGGAUCCCAAGUUGGAUGCGAUUGCAACGCUUCCUGCGCUGCCAGCUCCCCAGCUGUCGGCCAAGGACAGCAGUGGUGAGGAUCUUGAAGCAGGGGCACUGCUUGUGCUGUGGUCCCCACUAGUCUUGGCCGUUGCCUACUCGGUAGAGCUUCGGCCCGCUGGCGCGGAUGGUCCUUGGGCCUCCGUCGACGUGGGCUCCAAGAUGGGGAACAACAGCCAUCGAUUCGACUCCACCACCUCCUCGUGCAAAGUGACCAGUUUGCAUCUCAGCACCCGCUACGAGGCCCGGGUCUCCUACUUCACCGACUGCGGCACAACAUCGGAAGCCUCAGAGGCUUCGGAGCCCUGCACACCUUCCCAAGGCGAUGCCAAAGCCGGGCCCAAAACAGUCACGCCAGUGACGGCAGUCCAAGGGGUAGGUGCAGGGGUCACUGCCACGAACCCUCCACACGCCCGUGCACCCGAGUACGUGGCACCCGUGGCGCCACAUUACCCGCCGAGCCUCAGCACCCUCCCUCCAGCUCCGACCUCCAGCUGGUCAGGCUGGAGCACCACGGAGGCCUACCCACCGCCACUGCCACUGCCGCAGGCGGUGCCUCCACCAGAUCCCUUCGCAGGCUAUCCACCUCCGGCGCCGGUGCCGGCGCCGCCGCCCCCGGCGUGGCGAUCUCCGGCGGGCUUGGUGGUUCCGCCACCAGCCGCGCCGGAAUUGCAGACCUGUGAUGAUCGGGGAUUCGCGUUGAACGUGAUGUGGCCAUGUGUGCUGCAAGCAGUGUCUUAUGUGGUGGAGAUUCGAGCGGGAGACGGCACAACCUUCGAGCGCUUCGUUCGCGCCGCCCCGGAGGCGAAGCUUGGGCUGGUGGUGGAGAUGAGAGUCGCCGGGCUCCGCCCGGCGCCACCCCCGGGGCGCUUCUACUUGGCCCAGGUUCGAAGCGUGGGCGCGGAUGGCUGGGAGUCGCCACCCGGCCCAUCGACAUGGUCAGCUCCGCUGAUAUGCCCGGAUCUGAGCUCGCUGGAUCCGAACGAGCUGAGAGAGCGCGAGGGAGUCUACCUUCUGAGUGCCCAGCCAGGGCUCUCUGCAUCCGCGACUCCGUGGGAGCCAAAAAGCUGGAAGGGCCCAGAGAUUCUGUCGACGAGCGAACCUGCAAAAGACUUCGGCUAUGGAUGGCAUCCUGGGAUGCCUCCGCCUCCGGCAAACCCUCCCGUUCUGGGUUCGGCCACUAUCGUCGAUGACAGCGCCAAGAGUGAGGAAUGUCUCAUCCUGGACUGA